AACUAUCAAUCUUCUAUCAUCAUCUACAACAAAUUCUCUUCAUCUACGUUCGUCGACGUACCUGUAAUGCGGAAGCGCUGCUGCAACUCUUCAGGCGUCAACGGGAUGGCCUCGACAUCGGCUCUGGUUUCGCGUGCUCUUCUUCUGCUCACGGUCGCUCUGUUGCUGCUCGAGUGCGUUGUCUGGUGCGACCUGGUUGGAUUUGCUAAGCAUGAAAGGAAGGGCAACAAGAUCACAAAGCUGGUCACAGGCAAAGGGACUGAUUGCGAAGUUGAACCGGGUCCUAACGCGGGCGAUAUGAUCAUCAAGUACAAAAAGGGCCAUAAACAUGCGUUGGAAGGAUGCUCCAUUGAUCUGCUCAUGAAUCCAGAAGGAAUCCAGCUGGAAUUCAACGUCACCGGGAAUCUGAUGGAAUGCUUGACGGACGCUGUGGCUGAUGGGAAUACCGUUAAGGAUGAGAGGGUCGGCGACGAGAAUUUGUGA